CAAAGAUGGACUCCACUCUGCUGAUCAGAGAUAAGAAUUUCAGAUUGUUAAUGAAAAGCGAAUUAUGUGUUUCUAUCAGAGUCUCAGUUGUGAGAUCUCCAGUUGUUAAACCAUAACUGACUCAGAAAUGCUCUUUUUCAGCAGCACUCUGCUUCAUACUCACACAGUCAAACACAAUCAUACUGGGUGCUGCCUAGUACAACCAGACUGAUACAAGCAGACACUGAUCAGCUGGAGGUUCUAGCUGCCUUGCUCCAGGUCACUUCAGCAGUGUACAGUGAGGGAGGGAGGGAGAGCUGUAUGGAGGGUUGUUCAGAGCUGUUGGGACUAAACCAAACUGACUGAUGAAGCAACACACUGAGCUGAAAGCUACAAACAGACUGAGCUGUUGAUUCUCAGUGGGAUCAGCAGGACUAGUAAAGCUUUAUUACUACAGGGAGUCAUCUGAUUCUCUGUUCACAUCCAAAUAUCACUUGAUGGACCUUUAGCUUGUGUUUGUCUCUGAGUGGACAGACAUAAUGUGAGCUCAUUCUUCAUGAUUCCUCCACAGAGUGGACCAGGAGAGCUCAGAGGUUCCCAGUGGUCAGUCUGCCCAGCAGCAUCAAACAUACCUGGACUCCAUAUUUAUGCUGCUGGAGGAGAACAUCGUCGCUUUUGUGAAGAAUGAGCUGAAGAAGAUGCAGAAGGUUCUGUGUUCAGAUUACCCAGAAUGCUUAGAGAGUCAGAGGGAGGAUGAAGAGGUGUUGGACGGUGAGGAGGAAAAGCAGAGGAGGAGCAGAGAGGCAUUUCUGAAGAUCACACUGCACUUCCUGAGGGGAAUGAAGCAGGAGGAGCUGGCUGACUGUCUGCAGAGCAGGACUCAUGCUGGCAGGUGUCAACGUAAACUCAAGUCUAACCUGAAGAGGAAGUUCCGGUGUGUGUUUGAGGGGAUCGCUAAAGCAGGAAACCCAACGCUUCUGAAUCAGAUCUACACAGAGCUCUACAUCACAGAGGGAGGGACUGCAGAGGUCAACAAUGAACAUGAGGUCAGACAGAUUGAAACAGCAUCCAGGAAAACAGACAGACCAGAAACAACCAUCAGACAAGAAGACAUCUUUAAAGCCUUACCUGGAAGAGAUGAACCAAUCAGAACGCUGAUGACAAAGGGAGUGGCUGGCAUUGGGAAAACAGUCUUAACACAGAAGUUCACUCUGGACUGGGCUGAAGACAAAGCCAACCAGGACAUAGAGUUCACAUUUCCAUUCACUUUCAGAGAGCUGAAUAUACUGAAAGAGAAAAAGUACAGCUUGGUGGAACUUGUUCAUCACUUCUUUACUGAAACCAAAGAAGCAGGAAUCUGCAGGUUUGAAGAGUUCCAGGUUGUGUUCAUCUUUGACGGUCUGGAUGAGUGUCGACUUCCUCUGGACUUCUACAACAAUCAGAUCCUGACUGAUGUUAAAGAGUCCACCUCAGUGGAUGUGCUGCUGACAAACCUCAUCAGUGGGAAACUGCUUCCCUCUGCUCGCCUCUGGAUAACCACACGACCUGCAGCAGCCAAUCAGAUCCCUCCUGAGUGUGUUGACAUGGUGACAGAGGUCAGAGGGUUCACUGACCCACAGAAGGAGGAGUACUUCAGGAAGAAAUUCAGAGAUGAGAAGCAGGCCAGCACCAUCAUCUCCCACAUCAAGACAUCACAAAGCCUCCACAUCAUGUGCCACAUCCCAGUCUUCUGCUGGAUCGCUGCUACAGUUCUGGAGGAUGUGUUGAAAAGCAGAGAGGGAAGAGAGCUGCCCAAGUCCCUGACUGAAAUGUACAUCCACUUCCUGGUGGUUCAGUCAAAACUGAAGAAGGUUAAGUAUGAUGGAGGAGCUGAGACAGAUCCACACUGGAGUCCAGAAAGCAGGAAGAUGAUUGAGUCUCUGGGAAAACUGGCUUUUGAGCAGCUGCAAAAAGGCAACCUGAUCUUCUAUGAAUCAGACCUGACAGAGUGUGGCAUCGAUAUCAGAGCAGCCUCAGUGUGCUCAGGAGUGUUCACACAGAUCUUUAAAGAAGAGAGAGGGCUGUACCAAGACAAGGUGUUCUGCUUCAUCCAUCUGAGCAUUCAGGAGUUUCUGGCUGCUCUUCAUGUCCAUCUGACAUUCAUCAACUCUGGAGUCAAUCUGCUGUUAAAAAAACAAACAACAUCCCAGAAGUCUGAAACAAGAAAAGACAAAUCUGCAGAGACACACUUCUACCAGAGUGCUGUGGACGAGGCCUUGCAGAGUCCAAAUGGACACCUGGACUUGUUCCUCCGCUUCCUCCUUGGUCUUUCAAUGCAGAACAAUCAGACUGUCUUACAAGGCCUGCUAAAACAGACAGGAAGUAGCUCACACACCAAUCAGGAAACAGUCGGGUACAUCAAGAAGAAGAUCAGUGAGGAUCUGUCUGCAGAGAAAAGCAUCAAUCUUUUCCACUGUCUGAAUGAACUGAAUGAUCGUUCUCUAGUGGAGGAGAUCCAACAGUACCUGAGAUCUGGAAGUCUCUCCACUGAUAAACUGUCUCCUGCUCAGUGGUCAGCUCUGGUCUUCAUCUUGCUGUCAUCAGAAAAAGAUCUGGAUGUGUUUGACCUGAAGAAAUACUCUGCGUCAGAAGAGGCUCUUCUCAGGCUGCUGCCAGUGGUCAAAGCCUCCAACAAAGCUCUACUAAGUGGCUGUAACCUGUCAGAGAGAAGCUGUGCAUCGCUGUCCUCAGUUCUGAGCUCCCAGUCCUGUAGUCUGAGAGAGCUUGACUUAAGUAACAACAACUUUCAGGAUUCAGGAGUGAAGCUACUGUCUGCCGGACUGGAGAGUCCACAGUGUACACUGGAAACUCUCAGUCUGUCAGGAUGUCUAAUCACAGAGGAAGGCUGUGCUUCUCUGGCUUCAGCUCUAAGCUCGAACCCCUCCCAUCUGACAGAGCUUGACUUGAGCUACAAUCAUCCAGGAGCCUCAGGAGAGAAGCUGCUGUCUGCUGGACUGGAGGAUCCACACUGGAGACUGAACACUCUCAGGCUGCAGCCUGCUGGAGUCCGAUGGUUGACACCAGGUCUGAGGAAGUAUUUCUGUCAACUCACACUGGAUCCAAACACAGUAAACAGAAAACUCAAACUGUCUGACAACAACAGGAAGGUGACAUAUGUGUAUUAUUAUGAGUCCUGGAGAGUCCUGGAGAGUCCUGGAGAGUCCUGGAGAGUGUCCUGGAGGAUUCUGGUGAGUCCUGGAGAGUCCUGGAGAGUGUCCUGGAGGAUUCUGGUUAGUCCUGGAGAGUCCUGGUGUUCCUGUCAGACUGAGGACAGCAGUGAUAAGUGUGCCAGUCUGAACCAGAUGUGCACUAAGAACCUGUCGCUGCUGUUCGCUCCCAGUCUGUUCCAGACUGACGGGAAAGGAGAAGACGAGGUGAAGAUCGUGGAGGAUCUGAUAGACAACUACCUGUACGUCUUCGAUAGCAUCAAACCAGAGAAGGAGUGGGCUCUGAAGUCCAUGAAGAUCUACAUCGGCAUCCGCAGGAAGCUGAAAGCUCCAACAAGCCCAUGAAGGUGCAGCAGGACUCGUUCGAGGAGCGUUCAGAGUCUCCAGACCUUCCUGAGCCGCUCUACGAGGAGGUC